GAAGCGUUCCUGCCAGCUAUCGAUAUUACUUGGUCUUUGAAAUAGAUAAUGACGAGAGGAUAAAGGAGGGCUGGUAAGCUUAUCAGCUGUACGCAACACAUUUGGCGUAAAUGGCAAACGUUAAGAGCCUUAGUGAUUUGAAUGGAGAGGGUGAGGAUGACAAGGGGAAAUUCAACGACUAUUACGCUGGCGGAGAGAAGAGCGGCCAGCUGCUUCGAGGCGCCCCUGAGGAGUCGGAUGACGAUGAGGGUGAUCGGGUGGAGGCUCUGUUCAACCGCGCUCGGCAGGCCGGCGCACGGGCGGGUACAAGCGAGGACCUGCCGGGGCAGCCUAAGGCUUUCCAUGGCCAAGGCCGCACGCUGGGCGGCGGACCUGUUCCUAGCAAACCCCCAGCUGAAGGACCUCGCAACCACGUCAUCACGUUUUACAACAAUGGCGUCUUCACGGUGGAUAAUGGGCCGCCACGUUACGUGGAUGACCCGGCCAACGCGAGGUUUAUCGAGAGCAUUUCCAAGGGGGAGUGCCCCGAGGAGCUUGAGACGGGCAAGCAUGGUGCGCCGGUCACCGUCAACCUCAUGCGGAAGGAGGAGCCGUACACCGAAGGGGAUAAAGCCAAGCAGUAUUUCACUGGCACGGGCCGAACGCUGGGAGGUUCGUCUGGCGCCUCUACGAGUGCGGCGCCGCCUCCCGCUGAAAGCAUCUCGGCUGGCGAAUGGAAAGGUGUGGACGAAUCCAAACCUACGACAUCCCUGCAGCUGCGGCUGCCGGAUGGGUCGCGCAUGGUGGCGCGCUUUAACCACAGUCACACUGUGCGGGACAUCCGCCGGUUCAUACGUGCAUCAAGGCCGGACAUGACGACCUCCUACCAGCUGACGACUGCUUUUCCAAAUAAGGUCAUCGAGGGCGAGGAUCAGACGCUGGAAACCGCGGGGCUACUCAAUGCGGUUAUAAUUCUGAAACAGUAGGACCGUCACUUCGUCUUUCCUCCCCGUUCAGGGAGCGCCUGACGACGGAAGGAUCGAUCCAUCGUUUCCUUCCGGUAGGAAGCACGUAGUUGAUUUGUGAAAUGGGUAGGUAGUACAAUCGAAUAGCCCGGAUUGAUCCAUUGCUGUCGUGCAGGACAUGCGCAAUCCAAAAGAAAUGGUGUCGUGAGAUUAUGGGAACCUGCUACACAAGGCAUAAGCUUGCCGCCGGCUGCCGUACGGUUUCCAGAAUGGAUAUAUUGGGUAGGGAGUCGGAGCACGCUUUGUUAGCUUGUGGAAAAGAGCUGUGGCGAUUGUCAUUGUGGAAUGCUUUAUGCGCGCUUCUUGAUGCUCCGGUAGUUAGAUUACUAUGGAUGCAACUAAUACAACACUCAAGAGCUGAAGAGCAACGUGUAACAAAGGUUUUGCCAAAAUUUCGUCUUAGGAUAUAUAGCGAGCUCGGCCUCAAGACCACAGGUUGUGGGUAGGAAAGGUAGAACGGUUAACUUGCUGUACUGUAUGUGCGAUGGGUUGGCUUCCUAUCUAUAUACCGUAUUGGCGUUUCCGGCAUGGCGAGUUUCCUUACUAAACGCUGCUUGUUCAUGUCAUCUAUGUGGGCGUUUUCGCCUUUAAGGAUGCGGUGACAGACUGUUGGGCUCGCAAAACAACAGCUGACCGCGUGAUGACGCGCACGGAAGCUUUUUGUUACACAGUUAUCGACGCUAUUUUGUAUGGAUCUCCAAAACGAUAAAAUACAUUUCGGCUGACAAGUGUGGCGAUGCUCAACUUGUACGGUGCAAUAUUCGUACGCUAAUUUUUUCUUCCUCCCAUAGCUCUGGCCAUUAUCUAAGAUGUAAGUCUGGAUGUAG